AUGGGGAAAAUAUCCGGGGCGGCGAAGAGGAAGAAGAAAAAGGAGAGAGAAAAAGCUUUAGCGGAGCAUAUUGAGAAUUUGGAGCGGUUGAAGCUCGGACCGACGGCGAUUUGGACGGGAUUGGUGACGCAUCAUAAGGAUGUGUUUGUCUCGCAUGUGAUGCCGAAAUUGGAUGCGACGGAUCGGUUUUUCUUUUCAAAGGUGAAUAGAGAGAGUUUGGAUGUGCUUAAGUAUGCCGGGGUAGACGUAUUGACAUUACGUGGGGCUGUUUACGAAUGUUCAUCCAUUUCAACGUUGGAAUGGGUGUGGAAUGACAUACCCUUUGGGGGAGAGAAAGAUGAGAGAGGAAGAGUGAUGGAUCAAGCCUGGUUUUCCGAGCAAGUUACUGGAACGAACAGACUCGAGUUCCUCAAGUGGGCGAGAGAAGUGAAACAUUGCAAGUGGGAUGAAUGGACGAUUAUUGAGGCAGCACGUAAAGGUAAUCUCGAGAUACUGAAGUAUUGCUUUGACAAUUGUUGUCCGUAUGAUGAAGAAAAGGCGUGUAGAUAUGCUGCUAUUGAAGGAAACCUCGACUGUCUUCGAUUUCUUUUCGACAAAGAGAAACCUUCGCGAGAGACGGAAGAAGGAGCGGCAGGAGAAGCAGCACGCAAUGGUCACAUGGAGAUCUUGAAAUAUUUCGUCGAAGAAAGAAAGAUAUCUGAUGCAGUAAAGACCGUCUGUGUGGCAGGUGCUGCAAACUAUGACCAACUCGAUUGCCUCAAAUACUUAUUCGAAGAGGCGAAAGUGCCUCUUAACGUCUGGCAAUACAUCGCUUGCGCUCGUUACUACGAACACCCCGAGUGCGUAAACUACUUGCUCGAAAAAGGGUGCCCGGAACCGACGGAUGAACAAUACGCUGUCUUUAAGAAUCGCAUUGGUGUACAUGGUACACUUUGA